AACGGCACAUGAAAUGAAUGAUUGAAUGAAAGCAGUAACAAGAGAAGAGAAAAGAAUGGAAGAGAAGUGAAGUAGUAAUGAGUAAAUGAAGCAUGCUCGUUGGUCGGUUCUAUCAAUGUUUUUUCUGUCUCUCUCAUUUGUUUGUUUGCUUAUACAAGCGGCAAAGUUAACUGCUACUCACACCAAAGACCCCCCUCUCUCUUUCUCUCUCAAUUCAUUUUCUUUCUCUCUAUUUUUUAUAUUUUUUUUGUUUUCUCUCUCUAACAAAUUCGGUUGAAGCUGCAAGGAAGAGACAUCUUCUGCAGCUUUCACUGAGAGCAAGGAAUUAGAACAAAAAAAAUUUCUAAACUUUGAAGGUUUCAUUCAAGCUUUACUCCUCUAGCUGUGAUUCUUGUGCACAUGAUCUAAGAGAGUUCUUUAUUACUUCUAUAGUUGGUAUUUUGAAUCUUGUUCAACCAUUUUCUGGUGUCUCUUUCAGUGUUUCCAAGCUCAUUUUCCCAAAUCAAGCUGGUUCUUUCUUCUUUUCUUCUCUCUGUUUCUUCCCAAACUUGUGGACUUUACCCUAUUUUAGGUAAAGGGGUUGGCCUAUUUUCUUAAAGUUAUUAUCUUUUCUUUCAAAGAAGUAGGUGAGUGUGUUUGAUUCUGAGGAUAUUUGUGUGAUUUCUUGGGAGAAUGCUUGAUUUGUAGCUGAGGAAAAAAAAAGGAGAAGAUGCUUGAAGGGAUCAUCACAAAAAAGAGGAUACAUUUCAGCAAACUAUAUUCAUUUUCUUGCUUGAAAUCUUCAUUUGGAGAUGGGCAUUCCCAAAUCGGUCAGAAAGGGUACUCAAGGAUUGUGUAUUGCAAUGAUCCUGAUAACCCUGAUGCAAUUCAGCAGAAUUAUAGAGGGAACUAUGUGUCAACCACAAAGUACACAGCUUUUAAUUUCAUCCCUAAGUCCCUUUUUGAACAGUUUAGGAGGGUUGCAAAUAUAUAUUUUCUUGUUGUUGCUUGUGUUUCAUUUAGUCCAUUGGCACCUUAUACAGCUCUCAGUAUUGUUGCACCAUUGUUGCUUGUCAUUGGAGCUACUAUGGCCAAGGAAGCUGUGGAAGAUUGGAGGAGGAGAAAGCAGGAUAUAGAGGCAAACAACCGUAAGGUUCUGGUAUAUGGUAAAAAUUAUACAUUUGUGGAGACUAGAUGGAAAAAACUCCGAGUUGGUGAUAUUGUUAAUUUAAAGCAUGCCUUGGAUGCGACGUCUCAUCUUCAAGAUGAAAAACCUAUCCAGAAGUUCAGGGCUGUGGUUAAAUGUGAGGAUCCUAAUGAAAACUUAUACUCAUUUAUUGGAAACUUGCACUAUGAGGGUAAAGAAUAUCCUCUUUCCUUGCAGCAGAUCCUUUUAAGAGACUCUAAGCUGAAGAACACUGAUCAUAUCUUUGGUGUUGUAAUCUUCACCGGACACGAUACAAAAGUGAUGCAGAAUUCCACUGAUCCUCCAUCCAAGAGAAGCAAAAUUGAGAGAAAAAUGGAUAAGAUUAUAUACAUCCUCUUCAGUACCUUGAUUUUCAUAUCCUUUAUUGGUUCUGUCUAUUUUGGUGUUGAGACUAAAAGGGAUACCAGCGGUCGCAGGUAUCGAAGAUGGUAUGUUCGUCCCGACAGUACAACGGUCUUUUAUGAUCCGAGAAGUGCUACACUUUCUGCUCUUCUCCACUUUUUAACUGCUCUUAUGUUGUUUGGAUAUCUUAUUCCUAUAUCACUUUAUGUGUCCAUAGAACUUGUGAAAGUUCUUCAGAGUGUUUUCAUUAACCGAGAUCAGGAAAUGUAUUAUGAGGAAAUGGAUAGGCCGGCUCGUGCUCGCACCUCUAAUUUGAAUGAGGAACUUGGUCAGGUUGAUACUAUAUUAUCUGACAAAACCGGUACUUUGACAUGUAACUCGAUGGAGUUUGUCAAAUGUUCCAUAGGAGGCAUUCGAUAUGGCCGAGGUACGACAGAAGUGGAGAAGGCACUUGCAAAGAGAGGGAAAAAUGUGGAGUCUCAAGUUGAUGAAGCAUCAUGUGAUUUUUCGGGCCAGGAUAGUGACGUGGAGGACUCUCGGCCGCCAGUUAAGGGCUUUAACUUUAGAGAUGAACGAAUAAUGAAUGGGAAAUGGGUUAAUGAACCACAAUCAGACAUCAUACAGAAGUUCUUUCGAGUUUUAGCUAUUUGUCAUACUGCUAUUCCAGAUGUAGAUCAAGGGUCAGGAGAAAUUUCUUAUGAAGCCGAGUCACCAGAUGAGGCGGCUUUUGUCAUAGCUGCGAAGGAACUUGGUUUCGAGCUUUUCGCUAGGACACAAACAAGCAUAUCAUUGCAUGAAUUAAACUACAAAACUGGAAAAAAGGUUGACAGAGUGUACCAGCUUCUGCAUGUCCUAGAGUUCAGCAGUUCCCGCAAGAGAAUGUCGGUGAUAGUGAGGAAUGAGGAAAAUCAGUUGUUGCUCUUAUGCAAGGGUGCAGACAGUGUAAUGUUUGAAAGGCUGUCGGAAAAAGGAAGACAAUAUGAGGCCGAAACCAAAGAACAUAUCAAACAGUAUGCCGAAGCAGGCUUAAGAACUCUGGUAAUCACAUACCGUGAACUUGAUGAAGAAGAAUAUAAGUUAUGGGAAGUAGAGUUUUCAAAGGCCAAAACAUCUGUUGGAGCAGACCGAGAUGCAUUGGUCGAUGCCGCUGCUGAUAAGAUGGAAAGAAAUUUGAUACUUCUUGGGUCUACAGCAGUUGAGGAUAGACUGCAAAAGGGCGUUCCUGAAUGUAUUGAAAGGCUUGCUAAGGCAGGAAUCAAGUUAUGGGUGUUGACUGGGGACAAGAUGGAAACAGCAGUCAAUAUAGGAUAUGCUUGCGGGUUACUUAGGCAAGACAUGAAGCAGAUAGUGAUCACUCUUGAUUCACCUAAUAUUAUAGCACUUGAAAAGCAAGGGGAUAAGGAUGCUCUUAAAAAGGAAUCUCUUGAAAGCAUUAAGAAGCAAAUUGGAGAGGGAAUAAAGCAAAUCAAGUUUGUGAAAGAGAGUACUAAUACAGAUAAAGAGAGUUCUUCUUCAUUUGGAUUGAUAAUUGAUGGGAAGUCUUUGGAUUAUUCGCUUAACAAGAACUUGGAGAAUUCCUUCUUUGAGUUGGCAACUAGUUGUGCUUCCGUCAUAUGUUGCCGAUCAUCACCGAAACAGAAAGCUCGUGUUACAAAAAUGGUAAAAUUAGGAACAGGGCAGACAACAUUAUCCAUCGGCGACGGGGCAAAUGAUGUCGGCAUGCUUCAGGAGGCUGAUAUUGGAGUUGGCAUUAGUGGUGCUGAAGGGAUGCAGGCUGUGAUGGCAAGUGAUUUUGCAAUAGCCCAAUUCCGUUUUCUGGAGCGUUUGUUAUUGGUGCAUGGCCACUGGUGUUAUAGGCGAAUAUCAAUGAUGAUAUGCUAUUUCUUCUAUAAAAAUAUUGCAUUUGGGUUCACCUUAUUUUGGUUCGAGGCGUAUGCUUCGUUCUCCGGUCAAGCUGCGUACAAUGAUUGGUAUAUGUCAUUCUACAAUGUCUUCUUCACUUCACUUCCAGUUAUUGCUCUCGGUGUUUUCGAUCAAGAUGUUUCUGCUAAACUUUGCUUAAAGUAUCCUUUUCUAUAUCUAGAGGGAGUAGAGGACACCCUCUUCAGCUGGCCGCGCAUUAUCGGCUGGAUGGUUAACGGAGUCCUUAGCUCCUUAGCCAUGUUCUUCUUGACUGCAAACUCUGUCAUGACUCAGGCUUUCAGAAGGGAUGGUCAAGUGGUCGAUUUUGAGAUACUCGGCGUCACGAUGUACACGUGUGUAGUGUGGACCGUGAAUUGCCAAAUGGCGCUUUCCAUCAAUUACUUCACUUGGAUCCAGCAUUUUUUCAUCUGGGGCAGCAUUGCAUUCUGGUACGUAUUCGUGCUGGUUUACGGCUACCUCUCGCCGGAAAUAUCGACGACGGCUCACAUGGUGUUUGUGGAAGCUUGUGCUCCAAGUUUGCUAUAUUGGCUAGUUACCCUUUUGGUGGUUGUGAGUGCUCUUCUACCUUAUUUUUGCUAUAGAUCAUUCCAAAGUAGGUUUCUACCAAUGUAUCAUGAUAUUAUUCAGAGAAAACAAGUUGAAGGUUCUGAUAUUGAGAUAUGUGAUGAGGUUCCUAAACAAGUCCAUGGAAAACUAAUACAUCUAAGAGAGAGAUUGAAGCAAAGGGAACUAUGAAAUGGAUUUAGUUUCUAAGCUUAUGUUAUUGUUGGAGCUUUUUUUUUCACUCAUUUUUUUCUCCCUCUUUGAAAUUCCUAUUGUUUAAAAAUUUGUAUAGUGAGGAUUUGUGUAGCAAUCACAAUCACCUGAUGUAGAUUAGUUAUGUAAAGUAUUGUAUCAUAGUCUUUUGUAUUUGUUAAUGGAAUCAAACAAAGCAUGUUCUACAUUGUAUUUUUUGGUGUAUAUGACUUACUAUAUUAACACAAGAUAUUGUUUAUGUCUUGUUAGUUUGCCUGUUGAUUGAAAGAUGUAACAGAGAAAG